AUGUUCAUCAUUAUAGCCUCCAACUUUGUCCUAUCGAUUUUAUUCGCCCAAACAGUUUUUCAUAUCAAUUUAUACUUACUGUUUUCAACAUUCUUCACCAAAAAAGUUUGCUAUAGACCCGAACUCCUCCUGAUUUAUUGUAAAAUUGCAGCGGAUAUUUGUUAUAGCUUUACGGUUUCCAUCAUGAAAUCCUAUUUUCUAGUUAUUCUAUGCUACAAACAUUUAGCUGUGAAAAAUUUAUCAAUUUAUAUGCUGGAAACUUCUGUCACAAUGGGAAUUAUCAAAGGAACAUUUGCUUUCAUGAUUACUCUGGAAAGAUUUAUAUCAGUCUUUUUUCCAAUUCACUAUCGCAACAAUCGACGUAAAAUUCCAUUUUAUUGGAUUAUUAUUCCAAUUCUCGGACAUAUCCUUUUUGAUCAUUUCAUCAUGUUCUGUUUCUGUGGAAAUGUGAGAGAAGUUCCAUUGGACUGCGAUAACUUUCAGUGCACUUUUAACAAGUGUUAUCAGAGAUUUUGGGAAACUCGUGAUCAGGUGGUUUUUUCGUUGAUUGAAAUUAUGUCAGUUCUCUUUUUUGUUCGACUAUAUAUCUGGAAAAGAACUAGUCGCCGACUUAGUAAGGUCACGCAAAUAGCACUGCUGGACUCUCUGAUAUAUUUGUUCUUCAAUGUAAUCCCAAUAAUUCUCUACUCCCAUUUUUCACCAACUUCGGUCAAAGUAAAUUACCCACCAAUCACAAUUUCAAGAAAUGCCGGAUCUGUCAUCGAAUCGAUUAUCCUUUGGAGAUUGCUGAAGGCGAAGAAAAAAGUGACACCGAAUAAAUAUAUCUCUGGUAAUUUGUAA